ACUCAUCCCAGACUUUGAAUACAAUUUCCAGAAUUAAUAUCUUUUCUUCAUUCCUAAAAAACCUUUGGAAAUAUGUCUGGGUGUGGAUCAACAAGCUGCAAAUGUGGCUCUGACUGCAAAUGCGGCUCUAGCUGCAACUGUGGAAACUACCCAGAUCUUGAGAGCAGCACAACAGCAACUAUCAUCUCUGGGGUUCCAUCAACCACCAUGUACUUUGAGGAGUCAGAGAUGAGCUUUGGUGCUGAAAAUGGCUGCAAGUGCGGCAGCAACUGCAGCUGCACCUCAUGCGGCUGCCACAAGUGAAAGAAGCUUGGCAGUGAGCUGCACCUCAUGUGGUCUAUAUAAAUAAGAAAAUAUUGUUGAAGAUGAAUUCUCUAGUUGGGUUAGAGACUAGCUUAUUAUCGUGUAAAAUAAGAUUUGGUGCUGUGAUCUGCAAAUCCACAUCUCCUAGCUUAGCUAGGAUUUGUGAUUUGUUUUGUGGGUUGCUACUUUAAAUAUCAUGUUACCAGCUUUCUUAAUUGUGUUUUCUUCUGC